UAAGCAAAUCCCAGUAUACCAUUUGAACCAUCAAACACGAAUUCUCAAUUACUUCUCAUCUUUUUCAACUAAAAAUUUCUCCAUUUUUGUUGUUGUUCUACUAGUACAAACAAAGAAAGAAAGUAGAAAAAUGAGUUCGGCAAGCAGAGCUUGGGCUGUAGCCGCUAGUAUGGCAGCUGUGGAGGCCUUGAAAGAUCAAGGGUUCUGUAGAUGGAACUACACAAUAAGAUCACUACACCAUCAUGCCAAGAACCAAGUGAAGUCAAUCUCUCAGACCAAGAAGCUCUCUUCUCCAGCUUCUACUGUGAUUUCUCGUAAAGUAAGAGAAAAUCAGAAAGCAAAGCAAUCAGAGGAGUCACUGAGGAAAGUCAUGUACUUAAGUUGUUGGGGUCCUUACUAGUUGAUUACUGAACUACUAGCAGAGGAACUAUAUUCAUGGAUUGGUGACCACAAAGAGGCAACCAAAGAGCUCCAAGGGACACUUGUCUGAACAGAGAUCACAAGGCCAACUGCUUCUGGGUCUGGAACCCAUCAACGAUUAUGAUUAUCUCGACCAGCUUAAUUUAUCAUCAGCAGCAAUUGUAUUUCAAUCGAUUGUUGUUGAAUAAAUUGCUAAUGAUGGGGGAAAAUGUUUUUAACGCUGCCAGUUCAUAUAAAAAUUGUAAAUUUUGAACCUAUAUAUAAUGGAAGAGCUUUGAAAGGUUUACAA